GGCAUCGUCACCCACCGGGUCCUCCACAAGUGAGCAUGAAGGAGGGCGGCGACGCCAAUCCCGCAUUUCUGGACGCAAGCAUGCGGAGGAAGCACCGACAAAGACGCGAGGGAGCCGUUAUUCACGACUCGGAGAGGGCGAGGAGAAUGGGCGAGCAAGUUUCACUACGCGUCAUCAGAGUACUUGUAGGCAACGGGAAUGUAGAUACCGGGAUUCUUUGUACUCGUUUCCU